GAUUUUGUUUGUUAAUCACCGAUGAAUGACGAUUCUAAUAGUCUUCGAGAAAGGGUUCUCAAUUUGUUCAAUUUAUCACGGGGAGCUCUUACACAAAAGCAUUUUGAAAAGGAAUUUUCUGACGUAUCACUCACUACCAUCCUACCCAUCUUAAAUGCAUUACAAAAGGAGGGGAUGUUGGAUGUCUUGGUCAAUGCAGAUAGGACUUUAUCAUGGCAACUUAGAGAUCAAAAUUCGACUGAGAAGUUGAAAAGCUUAUCGGAUCUGGAAGAACGUUUGGUUUACAAUGCUAUACGUAACGCCGGUGAAGACGCUGCAUCACUGAAGCUAAUUAGUUCAGAAACUAAACUCCCUCAAAACCGCAUACCUAGGAUACUAAAAUCACUCAUUUCUAAGAAGAUGAUCAAAGAAGUGCCGAUGGCUGUUGGUCACAAGCAGAAAGUUUACUUGCUAAUGGAAUUAGAACCCAGUGAAAAGUUGGCUGCAAAUACAUUAUUCGCUGGGGAAUCUGGUGUGGAUGCAGAGUUCAUUUCUAUUUUGAGAACAGCCUGCUUGAAGUAUCUUCAGGAUAAGGCGAAUUCAGCCUCUCAUAUUGCUGAUCCAUUAGAACGUUGGCAAGCUUCAUAUGUUUCCUGUGAAGAAAUCCAUCGGUUUAUUACCAACACAAAAAUUUGCACGGUAAGUCCUAGAACAAUAAAAUAUUCUUAUCAAGCUGAACUUUAGAUAACUUGCAUUUUUAUAUUUUGUGACAAACAACAAUCUUUAACACAAGAUAGUACCUCGAAUUUCAUCUCUAAUUAGUGCGAAUUACUAACUACUACUGAACCUCUGGGCGAACAGACUGCCUGGUAUUCCGUACAAGAACGCCGAAAAUACUUCUUUUGCACUGGUUGUUUUCGCCUUCACAUCUAGUUUCAUUGGUAGACUUAGAAAAGCAUAUUCAGUUAUACUCAAAAUUAUCCUCUGAAAGUGAUGAUUUAGAGUAAGAACAAGUUUUUAUAUCAUGAAAACUUUAAAUCUUUCGGUCAAUAUUUACCGGUAAUUCUGCAGAAAUAACAAGUAUCUAUACACCAAUGAAUAGAGAGUGAUCUCUGCGUGGUAUUUUAUUUUCGUAGUCUAUUUACUUCUGGAUUGUUUUGCAGUUUUUUUACUUCGUGACGAAAUAAUCUCAUUUCGAUUUUUCAUAAAUUUAUAUGGUCUAAAGGUUCAUAUAUGUUUUAGGUUUUUAUGAUACAGUUAGUCGUCUCGAAUUUUUUUAUUUCCUAUCUUGUGCAUACUAAAAACUUAAUUUUGUUAGUCAAAUACUAGCUAUUUAUCUUUGAUACUUUUCAGAAAGUGGAAAAUAACUCGUCAACAAACAUGAUACAUGUCUAACGAUAAAGCGUAACAUAUUAGACAAAUAGCUGUAUUCAUUUGCUGCAUAUGACCAAUUACUUUCUAUCUGUUAAUAUGUUAGUGGGUAUAACUCACAAAGUACAAGCUUGUAUUCUCAUUUGUAGGCUAGAUACUAAGUGUGUAUAACAUUUAGAUAAUUCAUAUUGUCUUCGUCGAUUAAUUCAGCAUCCUCUUGAAUCACCGAAUAAUGAUCUGAUUCAUGUAUGACAAUGCCUUCGAAUUAUUUAGUUGGUGGAUAUACCGAAUGAAUCGAUCAUGUGCUAGGAGAAAAGCACUUGUAAGUUGGGUGCUAUUUAGCAUUUAUAAAACGUUCACGAUAAAUAACUCUGAUGGGGAGUCAGCAUAUCUUCAUUUUGCUUAUUUGCUACAGUUUCUUGAAGAUGGAUUCAAUGUUAUCGUUUAAACCAUCAAGACAAUUAAUUUACCACACAUUUAGAACUCUAUUGUGUUUUGCAUUGUGGAAGUUAUUUCAUAAUCCCGUAUUUUCAGUGACUGAAUAAGUCAGAAAACAUAGAUACAGUGGCCACAUGUUGUGGUUUAAGGGGAGAUAGAUCUGUGUUUUUCAAUGUUUCUAUAGCUGUCAUGUGAUACUAUUUUUCGGUUUCCGAAGUAAUGAGUUAUUUCAGAUGGCUCAUCAGUAGUAUUUCCUCUUUGUUUAAUUUCAUCUAUGCGUUUUGAUGUUUGAAUGGACGGCUAAUAGUUCUUACAAGGUUUAUGUCUCUCUAAACGAACGUGAGUUCCCGUAUCAUUUCUAUAACACAUACCCCUUGAAUUUAUUUGAAGGUCUUUGGUUGGUAACAUUCGGCGACAUUGAUUGUCAAUCGGUAAUAAUAUUUACCUUUUAUUACACUUUAAUAUGUAUUUUUUUAAGAAACAAUUAGUAUUCAGAAGAUACGAGUCUGUUAGCUUUGGGUGAAAUUUCCCGUCCAUAAAAAGACAGUGGCAGUCGAGCAAGUUGUGGAAUCUUUUUUCUGAUAAGUCAAAGUAUCAUAAUAUAGUUUACUGUAUUCUCAUCACUACUACAACUUUCUCACUCCAUAUAAACUUAAAGAUAGGUGAUAUCAUAUUAUUGUACGAAAACAUAGGCUUUGGCAAAUUAAGCCCAUUUUCCUCUGAAGAUUGAAUUUAAAAUGAAUUUUAUGAAUUUAUUUUUAAAUGUUAGAUAAAGUUAGCCUUAUUAUCCGAAUAAAUUCUACGCUUGUAAAUUAAGUUACCAAGCCUACCAUUUUAUUUUUGCCAAAUGAUUGGGUUAUAGUAAAAUUAAUUGAAAACUUGGACAUCAGGUCUUUUAUUAAGUGGGUUUUGUGACGGUUACGGCCUUUGAGAAUUGGUGAAAGAAGUAUUGAGACAGGAAAUGCAUUUUUAAAACAAUUUUGUUGAAUGAAAAUAAUAUUUACCUCUGAUAUUUACCAGUAGUUUGUGGUUAUGCAACCUAACUUUACAUACUGAACUUCAGUCUGUUGCGUCGUACGCUCAAACUUGUCACUAUCUACUAAGAUUUAGACAGCCAAGUAAUAGUAUAAGAAGCCCUCACCUGGUAGAUGUUACGCAUGAUUUUAUGGACGGACGCAAAUAUCGUUGCUAAAUUGUGCGUGGAAAGAUUUUCUCAGUACAGUGUGCCACUGCUCAGGUUUCUAGAAAUUGUAAGUUCUUAAUGUAUGACAAAUCAUACGAAGUACAUAUCUAAGCCUCAUAGUGAAUAUAGGAUGUUAUUAUUGUAAAGGAUUUGGAUGUUUUACACAUUGAAAAUGUAUGUUAUUAAAUAAAACGAUAUUAUUAAACGAACAAGCCACCGGACAUUAACAUCAACAUUUUGAUAGUGCUUUUAUUUUAAGAGUUAGAGUAUCAGAUGGCAGACUGUGUAAAACCCUUAUUUUUAUAUUUGGUAUGUUAUUUAGGUAUGAGUAGGUAAUCUAAAACAAUUCACAUAACUCCUAUCUUUGAUAUCGUGACUUUUUAGGUACCUAUGACUGUUCAGGAUGUUCAAUGUGUCCUUGAAGUUUUAAAGUUUGGGGGUGAGCUAGAAACACGUAUUACUUCUGAAAUAUCUGAUCAAAGUACUAGUUUUGGAAUACUUUAUCGACUGGCUACACAAACACCAUCUGUUGCAAAUUUAGCUAAUAUCCCUUGUACAAUAUGCUUGUGUCGAAAGGACUGUCGUCCAGAUGGACCAAUCAAUCCUCAAUCAUGUAAACUUUUUCAAGAAUUUCUGGAGUUCUAACGAAGAUUGCAUAAUGACCAGUUGUAUGCAUUUUUAAAACACUAUAUUCUAAAACAUUGCAUAUUCACUUCAUAUUACCAAGUUACAUCGUUGGUCUUUCAUGCUUACUUUUACUAUUGUGCUGGCGACUAGCAAUAUUAUUUCUGUUAUCAUACCUCUUUGUUUGUUUCAUUCUUGUUGAUCAAACGGAUAUGAAAUCGUUCGGAGUUUUUACUAUCUUAUAUUUAAUAAAAAAUGACAUAUGUACACCGCUUCGAAUAAUCACAACUGUUGAUGUUUUGAAAAUGAUUUGAGCAUUGAAAUUGUUGGCUAG